UGCUUAGAUUCAGUUUCCUUUCGAUGUCGGUAUCUAUCGAAACAUUAGUGCCGUACUAGGAAGCAAUCCUUUGCUUUGGAUGUGGCCUCAGCGCAUGGGUGGGGACGGUCUUUCAUUUCCUGUCCGACGCCACACAGGUGAGCUUGCGCUUCAACGCUUAUUUAGUUGCGGUAACUGAGGACCAGUUAAUAGACUUGCAAACCCCCUAUAUUUGGCCACCGCGAGAUCCGGAUGAUUUACGCCCGUCCAUCUAUGAACGAAUGGAUAAUGAAGUAGCCAAAGGUCGGACACAAUUGGUGCGUCGCGAUUCCGAGGGUUAUCUCGUUCGCGAAAUUACAAUGGAAGAUCGUAUGCACAUGCUCGAGGAAAGACAAAUGAUGCCGGAAUACGAUGAAGCUUACGCUCCUGAUUUCCACGAGGAAGGUUUCGCUCUUGAAAACGCCUACGCUGAUGAAAAUACUUUUGCUGAGCAAGAGUUUAUGACGGGUGAAGAUCCCGCAGUGGUUGAAGAUUAUCUUUACGAUUCGGGUAGUUUUGGCACCGGCAGCGAUGACGAUGAGCGAUAUACGGACGAAGAAGGAGAUCACAUCAUGAAUCAGGAUACGGCCACCAUCUGUGAAACCGACCCGCUGGUUGAGCGUAAUGAUAGUCCGUAUACAGAAAAGCACGACAUAUUGUCAUCAACAGCGGGAUCAGACAAUUGUCCUGGUGAUUCUGAACUUCCAAAUAAUGAACGGUGAACGCGUAGAGGAAAAAUAAUCGCAGUUGUUUCUCAACUGUUUCGAUAAA